AUGGAGAAUCAUAACAAGAGAAAAUCGAUCAUGGUUGAGGAGGGUGAUUCAACUCAGAAAAUUACUCGUUACUCAUGUAGUUUUUGUGAAAAAACAUACAAAACAGGCCAAGCACUAGGAGGACAUCAACGUGGUCACAAACACGAGCGAAAUGUCAUACAUGGGAUGAAGCCUAGGUCAAUCCCUCGUCAUCCAAGGGGAAAACUGAGUUUUAUCACUGGGGCUUGUAAGGUUGAUAUGGAAAAUAUCAACGGAUGGAAAAUACCAGACAAAGAUGAAGUGAAAGAGGCUGAUCAUGAUCAAAAUGAUGCAAAAUCUGAAUUUAAGUUUGUUUUGCUUCCCAUGAAAAAUGCUCGAAUCAAUGGGUCAGGGAGUCAACAAAUUCCUAGGACUGAAAUUGACUUUUUUUCUGGUUUCAAAGAGGAAUGCUAA